AUAGAUAGCGGAUGCUCAAAACAUAUGACUGGAGAUGCAUCAAAUUUUACACACAUAUCUCCAAAGAAAAGCGGGCAUGUAACAUAUGGUGACAACAACAAAGGUAGAAUUCUUGGAGUGGGUAAAAUAGGUACAAAUUCUUCAAACUCCAUUGAAAAUGUUCUACUUGUUGAAGGUCUUAAGCAUAGCCUGCUUAGCGUUAGUCAACUAUGUGACAAAGGCUAUCUAGUAUCAUUUGAUUCUCAGAAAUGUCUUAUAGAACAUAAGCAUGACAUUAAUAUAAAGCAUGUAGGACUUAGAGUCAAUAAUGUUUACAUGAUAGACUUAAGCAUAAAACAAGAAAACAAUCAUUGCUUUCUUAGUAAAGAUGAUGAUCCAUGGUUAUGGCAUAAAAGAAUUGCUCACAUAAACAUGGAUCACUUAAAUAAAUUAAUUUCAAAAGAUUUAGUAGUUGGUUUGCCUAAAUUGAAAUUUGAAAAAGAUAAAUUAUGCGAUGCAUGUCAAAAGGGCAAACAAACAAGAGUCUCAUUCAAAUCUAAAAAUGUUGUUUCAACCACUCGACCAUUACAGUUAUUGCAUAUGGAUCUAUUUGGUCCAUCUAGAACCAUGAGUUUUGGAGGAAAUUACUAUGCUUUAGUUAUAGUUGAUGAUUUCUCUAGAUAUACUUGGACAUUAUUUAUUACACAUAAAAGUGAUUCAUUCCAUGCAUUUAGGAAACUUGCUAAAGUCAUACAAAACAAGAAAAAUCUCAAGAUUGCAUCCAUUAGAAGUGAUCAUGGGGGUGAAUUUGAAAAUAAAGAUUUUGAAUUAUUUUGUGAUGAACAUGGUAUUGAACAUAAUUUUUCUGCACCAAGAACUCCUCAACAAAAUGGAGUUGUUGAGAGGAAAAAUAGGUCAUUGGAAGAAAUUGCAAGAACUUUAUUAAAUGAUACUUCUCUUCCAAAGUAUUUUUGGGCUGAAGCUGUCAAUACUGCAUGUUACAUCAUGAAUAGAGCCUUGAUAAGACCUAUUUUAAAGAAAACCCCAUAUGAGUUAUUUAACGGUAGAAAACCUAAUAUUUCUCAUCUACAUGUUUUUGGUUGCAAGUGCUUUGUACUUAAUAAUGGUAAAGAUAAUCUAGGAAAAUUCGAUGCAAAAUCUGAUGAAGGCAUUUUUCUUGGAUAUUCUUUACAAAGCAAAGCAUAUAGAAUAUAUAAUAAGAGAACUAUGAAUAUAGAGGAAUCCAUUCAUGUUACCUUUAUGAUUGAACCUAAAAAUAUAAAAGAAGCCAUAGUAGAUGAUAAUUGGAUCAUUGCCAUGCAAGAAGAACUAAACCAAUUUGAAAGAAACAAUGUAUGGAAAUUAGUAGAAAAACCUGAAAAUUAUCCUGUCAUUGGAACAAAAUGGGUUUUUAGAAAUAAAUUAGAUGAACAUGGUAUAAUUAUUAGAAAUAAAGCCAGGUUAGUAGCAAAAGGGUAUAAUCAAGAAGAGGGGAUAGACUAUGAAGAAACAUAUGCUCCUGUUGCAAGAUUAGAAGCCAUUAGAAUGCUUUUGGCAUAUGCAUCCAUAAUGAACUUUAAACUUUAUCAAAUGGAUGUUAAGAGUGCCUUUCUAAAUGGAUUAAUUCAAGAAGAGGUAUAUGUUGAACAACCCCCUGGUUUUGAAAUUGCUGAUAAACCAAACCAUGUUUAUAAAUUACAAAAGGCUCUUUAUGGUUUGAAACAAGCCCCUAGGGCAUGGUAUGAACGAUUAAGUAAUUUUCUUCUUGAAAAAGAAUUCUCCAGAGGUAAAGUGGAUACCACAUUAUUCAUAAAGAGAAAGCAUAAUGAUAUUUUGUUGGUUCAAAUAUAUGUUGAUGAUAUAAUUUUUGGAUCCACUAAUGAUUCAUUGUGCAAGGAGUUUUCCCUUGAUAUGCAAAGUGAAUUUGAAAUGUCAAUGAUGGGAGAACUAAAGUACUUUCUGGGAUUACAAAUCAAGCAAACUCAAGAAGGUAUAUUCAUCAAUCAAUCCAAAUACUGCAAGGAAUUGAUCAAAAGAUUUGGGAUGGAUAGUGCAAAACACAUGUCUACACCGAUGAGCACUAAUUGUUACUUAGAUAAAGAUGAAUCUGGUCAGUCUAUAGACAUAAAACAAUAUCGAGGUAUGAUCGGAUCUCUUCUUUAUUUAUCUGCUAGUAGACCUGAUAUUAUGUUUAGUGUAUGCAUGUGUGCUAGGUUUCAAUCCAACCCCAAACAAUCACAUCUAAGUGCAGUAAAGAGAAUCAUGAGAUAUCUAUUAGGAACAAUCAAUUUAGGAUUAUGGUAUCCUAAGAAUUCAACAUGUAACUUAAUAGGAUAUUCUGAUUCUGAUUUUGCCGGAUCUAAAACUGAUAGAAAAAGUACAAGUGGAACUUGUCAAUUUAUUGGAUCGGCUCUUGUCUCAUGGCAUAGUAAGAAACAAAACAGUGUUGCUUUAUCUACUGCUGAAGCGGAGUAUAUCUCUGCCGGUAGUUGUUGUGCACAAAUUUUAUGGAUGAAGCAACAAUUAUCUGACUAUGGUAUCAUUCUUGAUCGCAUACCUAUUAAGUGUGAUAAUACUAGUGCCAUAAAUCUAUCCAAAAACCCAGUUCAACAUUCAAGAACUAAACAUAUAGAGAUUAGACACCACUUUCUUAGAGAUCAUGUCUUAAAGGGAGAUUGUGUAUUAGAAUUUGUUGAUACUAAGAAUCAACUUGCUGAUAUUUUCACUAAAGUGCCAUUUUCAGGACUGGCUGGACUGUCCUCCAUAGGAAAAACCAACAGCAAUGGUGUUGAUUACACCUCUGAUGUGUUAGGAGGGUUCCUGUUUGGGUGGAGGUUGUCGCUCACGCCGUCAUGGCUGCUGUCUUUGUCUGCCUCGAUCUUCUGCUCUUCUUCUAUUUGCUUCCUGUCAUUGGCUCGUUCACGUAGCUCAUCCAUGUUACUGGGUGAUUUUUUGCAUAGACUGUCUACGAACUUGCUGGGGCGUAAGGCGAAGAGCAUGGAAUGCAUCAUUACCUCGAUUAAGAUUUCAAAUCUGGACAGCUGUGAGCCUAAAUCUGUCCAUGAACUUUCUGAGGGACUCAUCGUCUUCUUGUCACAGAUUGCCAAGGUGGCCAAGGUCAUGCGAUGA